GUGACGUCACACACCCGCGACACAUUAGUAAAAACAGAGUUGUGGAUUUUUGCUCGAGUUUCGAAGUUGUAAAUCUGAUUAAAGUGGAGUUCUGUAGUACUGCCUAAUACGACGCUGGGAAUUACAUUUCGGAGCUGACUGUAACCGCAUAAGAUCUGAAACAUGUCAGACAUCGUAUUGAAAAUGGAGAUUAAAGAGGAGAGUGAAGACAUGGGAUAUGAAGAAGCAUACAGAACGAAAACUGAAGAUGCAAAGGUGUUCAAAGAUAAAGAAACCGAUUUGAUGAGAAUCAAAGAAGAAAGUCAAGAACUGAAUGAAGUGGAGGAGAAACAUCAGUAUCAGAAACCUAAUCACUUCACAACUGGAGUAAAUGGUUUGAACAUCUUAAAAAUUGAAAAGAAUUUCUCAGAAACAAGAACGGAAGCAAAAAAAUCGUUCACCUGCCUUCAGUGUGGAAAGCAUUUCACCACUAAAGGAAACCUUAAUGUGCACCUCAAAAUUCACACUGGAGAGAAGCCUUUCACUUGCUGUCAGUGUGGGAAGAAUUUUGCCACUAAAGGAAAUCUUAAUGUACACAUUAGAAUUCACACUGGAGAAAAGCCUUUCACCUGCCUUCAGUGUGGGAAGAGUUUCCCAUUUAAAGGAAGGCUUAAUACACACAUAAGAAUUCACACUGGAGAAAAGCCUUUCACCUGCCCUCAUUGUGGAAAAAGUUACCCGUGUAAAACAUACCUUAACAGGCACAUGAAAAUUCAUGAAGCCCAGAACCCUUUCAACUGUGCUCAAUGUGGAAAAAGUUUCACAAUGAAAGAAGGCUUGAAACGUCACAUGAGAAUUCACGCAGGAGACAAAUCUUUCAUGUGUCCUCAUUGUGGGAAGAGUUUUAUGCAUAAGAGAAACCUUGACUCGCACAUAAAGAUUCACAAUGGAGAUCGAUCUUCACCAUGCGUUGAGAAAGGAAAGAGUUUUGUUAAGGAUAACACAAAAGUAAAUAUUGAAAGGAAAUCAUUCACAUGCUCUCAGUGUGGCAGGAGUUUCACAGAUAAAGAAACCUAUAAUGCACACUUGAGAAUUCAUAUUGGAGAAGAGCUUUUCAGAUGCAGCCAUUGUGGGAAGAGUUUCCCAUGUGAAGAAUAUCUCAACAGACACAUGAAAGUCCACACUGGAGAACAGCCUUUCACCUGCUCUCAGUGUGAAAGUUGUUUCACAGACAAAAGAAGCCUUAAGAAACACAUGAGAACUCACAAUGGAGAAAAACCAUUCACGUGUUCUCAGUGUGGGAAGAGUUUUACACGUAAAGAAACCUUUAAUGCGCAUGUAAGAGUUCAUAAAGGAGAAAAGCCUUUCAGAUGCCUUCAGUGCGGAAAGAGUUACCCAUAUGACCGAUGUCUUAAGAGGCACAUUAAAACUCACGCUGAGGAGAAGCCUUUCACCUGUUCUCAGUGUGGAAGAAAAUUCACAGAGAAAGGAAGCCUUAAGAUUCACAUGACGAUCCACACUGGAGAGAAACCUUUCGGAUGCUCGCAAUGUGGGAAGAGAUUUAGACGUAAAGGAGGACUUAAUGAGCAUACGAGAAUUCACACUGGAGAAAAGCCGUACACAUGCCUCCAGUGCGGAAAGAGUUUCGCUGUUAAAGGAGGGUAUAAUUUGCACAUGAGAACUCACACUGGAGAAAAGCCCUUCGCUUGUCAUCUGUGUGGGAAGAGUUUCAUACUAAAAGCAAUACUUCAUAUGCAUAUGCGAGUUCACACUGGAGAGAGGCCUUUCGUGUGCGUUCACUGUGGGAAAAGAUUCAGACGGAAAGUAAACCUUAAUCUGCACACCAGACUUCACACUGGGGAGAGGCCUUUCAUGUGCCAGCAUUGUGGGAAUACUUUCACGUGGGCAAGAAGUCUCAAACAACACGUAUCGCGCUUUUGUAAGUUAAUUCAGCGCUGAUCAUUAUGGUACACAUUUUUAAUUGAGCAGCAGCCCUUAAAACACACUUGAAAAAUCCAUGCAAAUGAGAAGCCUGUCCUUUAGGGAAAGUGUUUUAAAGAGAACAAGGUAAAACAUUGAUUUGAGUGCUCAUGUCUGCUUGGAGAGUAAAAAGGCAUCAAGGAACAGUGACUUGGGAUGUCACCAAAGAAUCCUUACUGGAGAAAGUCCAAGUGUUCGUAUUGUGGAAUGAUUUGAAUCCAUUCAGGAUUAAAUGUAAAUGUUCACUAGAGAAGAUGUACAACUUCAUAGUUAGUUUGCAAUAUAAAUGUUAUGUCAUUGAUGUGAAAGUGUAUGAUAAGUGCCCUUUUUGUAUUUGUAAAUAAUGAUCAAGAUGUAUACACAGCGUAUUAUGAAAAUGUUAUGUUUACUUGAUGGUUACACCACAUGACAUUUUAGUCGUUAAAUGUAAACUUUUGUUGAAAGUGGUUAAACCAUCCCUAAAACCACAUGAAAUUAAAGGGAUAGUUCACCCAAAAAUGAAUAUUACCCCAUGAUUUACUCACC